AUGGCUUCUACAAGCAGUCAUCAGCCGCAUACAGAUACCUGGGCCACGCCAGCUGAGGGAUGGACACAGUUGUCGCAAAGUCCAUGGGUUCUUCCAACUCGCCGACCAUCCGCCUCAUGGGGCCUGCAGGCAAUCCAGAGCCCCCAGUCAGUCUGGGGUAACCAGACACCGGCGUCAGCGCCCAAUAUCGACAUAGCGACUCCCCGGAAUCCAUGGGCAGGCGACAUACCGGCGCCUGAUGCACCCGAUAUGCCAAUGGUGCCCCUACCCCAGCCAUGGGAGCAGAGAAAAGAUAAUAAUGUCCCCGGUAGAAAAGACAAUCUCCCGACGUUACCUUCGGCUCCAUGGGAAAUCUCGAAUGUUGGGCCACUGCCAAACGACUACCCUGAACCUCUCAUUGUCGCAACCAAUCCAUUCGAUCGACCAACACGAAAGACCAAGAAACACAAGUCAGUGCGCUUCCAGCAGACACCAGACAUAAUACAGACGCGACUAACGCUCACACCACCACCUCCUUCUCCAACACUGCUCCCAAUAGAUCCUGCGAGUAUACCUCUUCCUCCAAGCGAGACAAGCAGCCGCAACUCGACCGUUGAAUAUGGCAAUGCUCCUGAAAGCAUCCUUCUUGCGGACCGCGAACCGAUUUAUUCGUUCCCGCCUGGAUUUACGCCACCCAUAUCCCCACGUCCCCUCCUUUAUUCUCCUUCUCUGAGUCAAGAAACUCUCCCUUGGACGCUAUCCUAUCCAUCCCAGACGACUGUUGCUGCUCCUCCUACUCCCCCGAAAACUUCCAUCCAUUUGGAUGUGGCUGAUGGACUGGAAGAGUCUAUUCUUCCGCUCCCCGUAACGACAUCACCAAAAGCUAUUGGGCCGUUGUAUCAGAUAAUGCAGACUCUCGGUAGCACGCUAAGGGAAGCGGCCAAUGUCGAAAGUGGCCUACAGAAAGUUUACGAAUAUGUGAUGUUUUUACGGCUCCCAUCCUUAUAUUUCUCACGGGUCGCGCGGGUCUUCGAAGACGCGGAAACCAGUAAACCCGACAUCCAACGCAUGCUGCGUGCAGGGUCGAAACACCGAAACCGUAGCAUGCGAUGGGUCAAUCACAACCCAACGCUCCUUACACCGACCUUGAUUACCCUUCUUUCAUCCUGGGAAGUGUUUAUCGACUCUUUGAUGCGAGAGUGGAAGACCCUCAACGUUGUCAGCGUGCUCCUCAUGUCGGCAAUUUUAACGUUGUUACAAAUCGACAGUGCCGCCCAUCCAAUCACGCGUUCGACUGCGUUGUUCUCUCUGAUGUGCUCGCUCUUCAGCCUCUUAUAUGGCUGCAUGUAUAUCAUUCGCUUUGGAACCAUGCGGACGAUCCAUAAAGCAGCAAGUUUUGCGCAUGCUAUAGACGCCAAUGGUGAUGUCAACCUUUGGUGGAAUGUGUGGAUUAUGCUUGCAAUGCCAUUAACUUGGCUUGCGUGGUCUAUCAUCACAUUUCUGGCGUCGAUAAUGUCGUUCGUCUGGCUGACGGGGUCUUCACAAGACUCAUUCCCAGCUCUUUCUAAACCUGCUGCGCUCGGAGUCCGUCUUGCACUCACUUUUGUGGUGGUAUUUGGCAUCGUCUACUUCGUUCUUAUCGUGCGCGAGUUCCAGCGUUACGGCGACGCGCUGGAUCGUGUCUUAUCUAAGGCCGGAGAAGGCACACCUGCCUCGGCAAAGCUUGGGACUCCCGGCGGGAUAUACGGUCCUUGGACGCCGCAACGCUGGCCACAACAACAGAGCCCGCCUUUCACUCCAUAUGCCAACCCCGUAUUUCCUCCUUGGGCCAUGCCAUAUGGCUCCCCUCAGAAUUUUAUGCCGCCGCCAUCACCAGGUUUUAUCCCGCCUCCAGGUUUUAUGCCACAGUUCCCAGGUCACGGUUUUAUUCCUCCUCCGACUCCGACUUUUAUUCCAUCUCCGACUUUUGUCCCAUCUCCAGCCCUUUCUCCGGCUGCCUUCCCGGUGGGGGCUCCGUCAUACUUCAGCGAAAUGAUGCCGACGUUUACUCCACCAACCACGGUCCCACGCGCGUUUUCUGAGGAGGUAUCGUCGCCCACAACACACGGCGCAGAAACUUUCACCCACCCGUACUUUCCCAUCAUCGCGCUCGGAUCUGGCGUAGGGGUGACAGAUGAUUGGAUGAGCGAGGGCACGCAGUUUCCGGGACUGCAGUCAGAGAAUCGCAUUCGUUUUGCGCAGGAUGUGGCCAGUGCAUGGAGCGGCAAGAUACGUCUUGAAGGCCAAGACCCACAAUCGAGUUUGGCUCCACAAUAUGUUACCACUGCGGCACCUCCCGCAAACCCUGCUGUUGUGCAAGAGUUUAUGGACUUGUGGAACGCGCGGUAUUUCAGUGCGCGGAACCUCGAGGUCACACUUGCCCAGUCGCUCUACCACCCUGCUGGUCCCGGUCAAUACGUCGUCGGCAUUCGGUCGGUUCAGGCACGUGACAGCGAAAAGACAAGCUCUGCAGACGAGGAGGCAAUACCAACAACAUCGCGGUCGAGUGUGGAUGCUACAUCGGAGCCAGACUAA